GUUGCCUCGCCCUUCAUACUGGGGGAUAGGGUUACAGUGGCCCCCAUGCCCGACGCAGGCUAUGACCCUCCGGCAGGAAGUACUUGCACGGUCUUAGGCUGGGGCACCACUGCAGAGAGUGGUUCGGUGUCUCCUGUACUCCUGAAAGCAACAUUGGAAGUGGUGAACCGUGACGUCUGUAAGGAAAUCAUCAGCAAUUCCAGACCUACAGCGGUUAUCGACUCCUCCGUUAUCUGUGCUGGGGGCGACGGUAUCCACGAUACCUGUCAGGGAGAUUCUGGGGGACCUCUAUACUGCGAUGGGGUCGUGGCUGGGGUCGUCUCCUGGGGUCUCGGCUGUGCUCACCUCGGCUUCCCAGGGGUCUAUACCAACGUUGCCCAUUGGCUGGGAUGGAUCAAUGAGCAUCGUCUCUAGGUCCUGAUUAUGAACGGAGCGUAAUCCACGUGUUAAAUUCAUUCAACCUUUGCGCGCGUUUGCGUGUGUUGGGGGAUUACUGUUAUCUGGGAUUGCAAUAAAAAAGUUUAAAUAAUUA